GAUAUAAACAAAACAAUCCACUGUUUUUCCUUCACGAAGCAAUUACACACGAUCGCUGCUUCCGCUCCGGAAUACCGACUCACGCCAAUUCGUGCCAACCAUUGCGUGAAACGCCUAAUCUCCCCGAAUGGGUUUCGUACAGCGCGCGCUCUUCACCUGGUUCAUUCUGCUAGUGUUUCUGGUGGUGCUCUGUCUGCGGCUCGAAAACCGUAUCUACUGGAACUGGUUCCUCGUCUUCAUACCGCUAUGGCUGUACGACGUGAUACUGGUGGCGUGGGCCGUGAUCGAAAUCGUGCAAAGGCAGCACGCAAAUCGGCUCAUCUCACUGCACCACUACAAGUACUACGUGGUUGGGAUAGUGUUGAAAAUUUUCUCCCAAAUCACUAUCUGCCUGAAGCUCGAGUACAAAUCGAUACCGAUGUACGUGAUGAUGAUUCCGAUCUGGAUGUUGCUAGCACUGCUGAUCGUUUUCGUUGGAACGCACCUGCAACCGAAACCGCGCUCGAUCGGCUCGAACCGCAGCAACCGCCAGUCGGCGGGCGUAUCCUCCUGAGGGUAUUUGAAACUUCGCGUAUGCGAAAUCGAACCAAGCGCUACGGAAUAACAACAGCAGUAGCAGGAUGGCGAUGGCGAAUCCUUUCCGCAAAGCAGUAGAGGAAACGCGAAAAAAAACAACCGAGCCGUUUCGGUAGCAAGACUUCAACAAAAAUAGCUGUAUAUUGUACCGUUUCACUAUUGUAACGCUUUUUUAAACUUAAGAAAAUUGUACUAAUGCGUUUGUACUGUUAGAAACCAUCUCAUAAUGUAAUAAAUUACUCUUUAAAACAAA